GCUCAAAGCAAACUUUGAGGUGAACACUGAGAAAAUGAAGAUUAUUAUUCUAGUCUUUUGCAUUGCAUCAUGUCAGGCAGUGACGGUUGGAGACUGUAACGGACAUCCGGCCAUUGCAAACGGAGAUGUUCACACGCAGCCAGAGAAAACAGAACUAAAAGUUCAGUGUGCUUUGCUGUAUAAACUCGAAGGACCAGAAAUAGUCAAGUGUGUUAACGGGACAUGGUCAAAGCUACCAGUUUGUCUAUCUCCGUGUAAAAUGGACCAGAGACUUUUUUACUCUGUGCAAGAUGACUACAUAGCCCAUGGGGAGGAAAAGAGAGUUUGGUGUUACAUGAAUGGAUGGAUAGAAGUGAAAUGUAAUAACGGACGGACCCUCUAUAAAGGAUGUGGAUUUUAUGACUGGUGAUGUAUGCCAAAAUCUGCAGCUCAAAUGGGUCCACACUAUCAAAGCAGCCUGGUCUUCAAUAACGCCUCGCCUUCAUGCCAUGCUGAAUUGAUGCAGUAAUUCCUGCUAAAGCAACCACAAACAGGCUUGAGUGCAUGAAUAAACCUGUUUUUCAAAAUCUU